GACCUGGGCACAGAACAGUGAUAAGGGAGCUUGGCUCCAGCAAGAACCCGAGGAUGGAGAAAAAGAAAAGGCUCGGGUUAUGUAUGAUUUUGCUGCAGAACCUGGAAAUAAUGAACUGACGGUUAAUGAAGGAGAAAUCAUCACAAUUACAAAUCCGGAUGUUGGUGGAGGAUGGCUGGAAGGAAGAAACAGCAAAGGAGAACGAGGGCUUGUCCCUACAGACUAUGUUGAAAUUUUACCCAAUGAAGGAAAAGAUCAGUUCUCCUGUGGCAAUUCAGUGGCUGACCAAGCCUUCCUCGAUUCCCUCUCAGCAAGCACAGCUCAGGCCAAUUCGUCAGCUGCCAACAGCAACAACCAGGUCGGCAGUGGCAGCGACCCCUGGUCAGCCUGGAAUGCCCCCAAAUCUGGAAACUGGGAAAGCACGGAUGGUUGGGGGGCCAGGCCAGAGGGGGCCAGCACCCAAAGAAACUCUGCCAACAACUGGGACUCUGCCUUCGGCCACCCGCAGGCCUACCAAGGACCAGCAACUGGCGAUGAUGACGACUGGGAUGAAGACUGGGACGACCCCAAAUCCUCUUCUCCGUACUUUAAAGACUCAGAAUCAGCAGAGGCGGGAGGAAUCCAGCGCGGAAAUACUCGUGCUGGUGCCUCCUCCAUGAAGCUGCCACUUAACAAAUUUCCUGGAUUUGCCAAACCUGGAAUGGAACAAUAUCUGUUGGCCAAGCAGCUAGCAAAACCCAAAGAGAAAAUUCCCAUCAUUGUCGGAGAUUAUGGCCCCAUGUGGGUUUAUCCUACCUCUACAUUUGACUGUGUGGUAGCAGAUCCCAGGAAAGGCUCCAAAAUGUACGGUCUGAAGAGCUACAUUGAGUAUCAGCUGACGCCGACUAACACUAACCGAUCUGUGAACCACAGGUAUAAGCACUUUGACUGGCUGUACGAGCGUCUCCUGGUUAAGUUUGGCUCAGCCAUUCCAAUCCCUUCUCUUCCAGACAAACAGGUCACAGGUCGCUUUGAAGAGGAAUUCAUCAAAAUGCGCAUGGAGAGACUUCAGGCGUGGAUGACCAGGAUGUGCCGUCAUCCGGUAAUCUCCGAAAGCGAGGUCUUCCAGCAGUUCCUGAACUUCCGAGACGAGAAGGAAUGGAAAACCGGAAAGCGGAAGGCCGAGAAAGAUGAGCUGGCGGGAGUGAUGAUAUUCGCCACCAUGGAACCAGAGGCCCCUGACCUGGACUUAGUGGAAAUAGAGCAGAAGUGCGAUGCUGUCGGGAAGUUCACCAAGGCCAUGGACGAUGGCGUGAAGGAGCUGCUGACCGUGGGGCAGGAGCACUGGAAGCGGUGCACAGGACCAUUACCCAAGGAGUAUCAGAAGAUAGGAAAGGCCUUGCAGAGCUUAGCCACCGUGUUUAGUUCCAGCGGUUAUCAAGGUGAAACAGAUCUCAACGAUGCAAUAACAGAAGCAGGAAAGACUUACGAAGAAAUUGCCAGUCUCGUGGCAGAGCAGCCAAAGAAAGAUCUCCAUUUCCUGAUGGAAUGCAAUCACGAGUACAAGGGCUUUCUGGGCUGCUUCCCUGAGAUUAUCGGCACUCACAAGGGAGCAAUUGAAAAAGUGAAAGAAAGUGAUAAAUUAGUUGCAGCCAGUAAGAUCACUCCACAAGACAAGCAGAACAUGGUGAAGCGAGUGGGCACCAUGUCUUACGCGCUGCAAGCGGAGAUGAACCACUUCCACAGUAACCGGAUCUACGACUACAACAGCGUCAUCCGCCUGUACCUGGAGCAGCAGGUGCAGUUUUAUGAGACGAUUGCAGAGAAGCUGAGGCAGGCCCUCGGCCGCUUCCCGGUGAUGUAGAGCAGAACGGGACGUGAAGAAAACUCUGAAGUGCUUCUUUCUGACUUGGGGCAAUGCAAUUCAAACAUUUGUUUUCUCUAUUAUCAGAAAAAGGAAAGAAAGAAAACCAAAAAGAAAUAAGAGUUGAAAAAAAAAAAAAAGUUUACUUAAUUAACCAGCCUAAGUGCACCAGUUUUAGGGAUGUAUUUUUUUGUUCAUUUCGACAGCCAUUAUUUAAAUCAAUGGAAAUCGUGUCUAUUUUUGGGAAGUACUUAGUUAUCAGAAUUUUGAAUGGAAAAUUAGGGGUUCCCCCCACUGAUAUUUUACAUAGAAUUGUAAUUUAUAAAUCACCCACGAUCCAGUUCUUACCCAGUGUCAGAUAAUUAAUUACUAAUUGCUUUCUUAAAAAUACGAAAUAUGCCGAAAUAAAACGAUAUGUUUGUAUAUUUUUAUAACUUUUUUCCAGUCCUCUGGGGUUCCUGUCCACUUAGGGAAGUCUGCACGUGCUCACCGACACGGUUAGGGCUCGAGUGCUCGCACUCGCAUGACAGGGAUGAGGAGAGAGCACAGCCCUGGAGCGUGAGCCCUGGGUGCAUGGCACGUGUCCCACAUCCCCUCAGGGGGUCCCAGCGGUGCAGGA